GACGAACGGAAAGCGCUCUGGAGGUAAGGCGGUUGUGUUCUCUUUUGCGUCCUUCCUUUGGGCUAAGCUCUGUUUGAAAGGAAAAAGAUGGACCAAAUAAAUGACAUGGAAUCCACUGGCAUUUCAGAAGAGAACCUCAGGCCUGAAGAGAACGAAGAGAAUGAAGAAGAUGAGAUGAUAUCUGACCAACUUGUGCAAGCGGAGGAAAGCUGGAAAGGACCUGAACUUGCAGACAAUUAUGUGGAGGAGGCCCGCACAGACAGUAAUGAUGCUUUGGAAGGAGGUGAAGAGGAAGGAGAGAAAGGAGAGGAUUUGGAUUCUGUUGGCCAACCAAGCAGGGAAGGCUCAGAACAACCGAAGACACAGAGAAUAAAAAAAACAAUGAACUACGCAGACAGAGUUCGUGUUCUCAACUUGCGCAGGAACCUGAACCAACUUGACAAUCUAGCCAAGGAAAAGGAGAUGAUUAUUAGGAAAACCAGGGGGGAACUGGAUGCCUGUCAGUCCCAUAUCGACAGCCUAACAAACCAACAAAGGGUUGUGGAGAGUGAAAUUGAGAGAGAGAAGGAGGCUGGGAACAAUGCUGCCGUGUUCCGCCUACAGGCAAUGCAGCGGCGUGUGUGUGUUGAACUGGGAAAUGAAAAGGACCUUGAGUCAAAAAUUACUGCAAUACUGAACGAAAGCCUACUCGAGAUGUGGAAGAUUGAAAUUGAGCAGGGCAAUUUUUCUGAGCUCCGUAACCAGAUCAAACAGGACGAGGAAUAUUUGGACCAGCAGAACCAAAUGCAAGCAGCAGAACGCCUCCAGAACCAGAAGAACCGAACUUCACAGCUAAACCAGAGGUGGCUGGCCAUGGAAAGAAAAAUACAGAAAGCCAGGGAUGAUUAUGAGCACCGUCUUUCCAAAGCAUUGGAAGAUGCUCAGAGGAACCAUGAAAAAGCAGUCAAGUUUCUGAAGAAAAGUUUGGGAAGGAUCCGUGACAAAGAAGCAAGCAAGGAACAGAAAAACCAGGAAUAUAUGCAAAAGAGGAUGGAAACUGUUUUGUCCCUGAAGAACAACAUAUCUUACAAUCGGGAAAAGCUCCGAACUCAGCAGGCCCAGAACAAAGCCAACUUUCUUGAUGCUCAAGAGCAAGAGCAGAAGAUGAAGGAAACCAUCGAGGCCCAAGGACACAACGUCACCCGGGAGGCUUUUCUCUAUAAAAGACAGGUGGAGUUUGAGAAGCGGAAGAAGGAAUUUGAGGAACAGCAGAAAGCAAGGAAAAUUGAGAUUGUCAGUCAGAUUUUGAAGGAAGAUGCUCAGAUGGAGAAAGUGAAGAAGCAGUCAUGCCUACAGACCCUGAAGAGCCAGGAUAAGCUUUCUGACGCUGUAAAAUGGCGCAUGAAAACAUGGCAGUACAUCAAGAAAGCAUGUGAUGAUGCAGUGCGCACUGUUCCACAGAAACAUUGGCGUUCUCCUUCACCUUGUACCUCAGUUGAUGACAGAAACUUCCUUAUGGGGACAUCUCAGGAGAUACCAGUAAUUGCAGAAAGCAAAUACCGAGAGGAGGAGGAGGAAGAAGAAGAAGAAGGGAACACCAGGGAUGAGUCUCUAGCAAAGCCAGAGUUUACAGGAAUUUGGGACAAAGAGUGCAGCAUCCCCCAGGUGCCAGAUGUCGGUUUAGACUCCAAACCUGUUGGUGCAUCUAAACUGGAAAAGGAGAUAUUUUCUCAAAACUUGGAGAAGCUGCAUAGUGGAAUUAUUCGCAAACAUAAAGUCUGUGGACUUGAAUUUAAGGGGUGUCCUUUCUAUAGCAAGCCAAGCCUCAUUCACUUUAAGGACUUUGACAUUGGUAAAACCUAUAAAAAGAAGAUGGUUUUGAUCAAUGCUUUCUAUAGCAUUAACUACUGCAAGCUGGUGGGAGUCAGUGAACACCUCAAGGAUUUUUUCACAGUUCACUUUGAUCCUCCGGGCCCAAUGUCUUCUGGACUCUCUUGCGAAGUAGGGGUGACCUUUAAACCUAUGGUAAACCAAGAUCUUGAAGGAGAAGUCACAUUUUUAUCUCAGAUCGGCUCCUUCUCAAUCCCACUCAAAUGUUCAACCAAGAAGAGUGUGCUGGCACUAGAUAAAGAGCUCAUUGACUUUGGCACUCAUGUGGUGGGAGAGACAAUUUCACGGACCAUCACCUUGACGAACUCUGGCGCCUUGGGAACAAGAUUCCAGCUCCGCAAAGCAGCUGACACUACACACACUGCAAUGGUGCAACAUAAUGUGACUGCACCACCUUCCAUCGACAAAACAGUCAUUGUUUGUGCCCCUGUGGUCGAAACAACAACUGGUGUUAAGAAAGACAGCAACUUUAGUAUGGGGCGUUUCACUGGCGACAAGGAAACAGUUUCUCUUAACCGCUCUGAAGAGGUUAUUCACCACACCCCUUUUCCUGACUAUUUGGAGCAACUUGAUAACCUGGCUUCCGAAACGGACAUCAUUGGGGAAAGCCUACGAAUCCCUUCAGCUGAGAGACCUCUGGAACAGCAGUCUAGGGAAGAAGUACUUGAGCUCACAGUGGGCAAGGUUUCUGAAGGUGAUAUUGGACCCUUCAGCUCUGUCAAACUUCAGAUUAUGUUCACCCCAACAAUUCCUGGGGCUGUGCAGGCUGAUUUUGAGAUUACCUUUGACAACCCGGACUGCAAACCAUUGUCCUUCAGUGCCACUGCUGUUUCUGUGUCUGUGCCGGUGUGGGUGCCCAAUCCAAACGUUGACCUCAAAAUCUGCAUGUAUGACAGGCUUUAUCAGGACUGCAUCAUCAUCCAAAGCAGAGCAAAAAGUGCCUUGCGGUUGAAGUUUGAAGUUUGCAAGGAACUUGCCAACCACAUGGAGCUGCUUCCAAAGACAGGCUACAUUCAAGCUCAUUCAUCCUUUAGUGUGCAGCUGAAGUUUCUGCCAAGGCACUCUCUUCGAGAAGAUGCAAGGAAGUACUUUGAUGUAAAAACAAGAGUUCUGGAAGUCCCAAUGAUGAUCAUGGUUUCAGAUCAGAGUAAGCCAGUUGAAUUUACUGUCCAUGCAAUCGUUACAACCUCAGAUUUGGAGAUCAGACCAACUGAAGUGGAUUUUGGAUUUUGCUCUAUCCAUGAAGCUGUCCAAACAACAAUCACACUAACAAACAAAGCCAUCCUUCCCCAGGAAUUUGGAUUUGUGGAACUCCCAGAGUUUGUAGAAAUUCAGCCCAAUGAUGGAUUUGGAAUGCUCCUGCCCCUUGAAAAGUUGCAGCUGGACAUAAUCUUCAAAGCCAAGCGGGCAAAGGAAUACAGUUUUGAGCUGACUUGCAAGACUGAAAUAAACAGAGAAUUCAAGCUGUCAUGCAAGGCAGUUGGAGUCCACCCUCCUCUUGAGCUCUCUCAUAACUUGGUUAAGUUUUCCGCCACUGCUCUCAACGACGUGUCAACAGCAAAUAUCUUUGUGAUCAACAAUCACGUCAGUGUCAAUCAGUUCACUCACAGUGUCCCAAGAGUUGGCAAGGGAGCAGUGGCCCCCGUUGGGCCAACUUCCUUCCAGUUCCUUGUUCCAGAAGACUCUCCCAUUACAAUCAUGCCGUGCGUUGGAACUGUCCUGCCUGGAAAGAAAUGCAUGCUGGAAGUAUCCUUCCGUCCAGUGUUGUGUGAUCAGCUUAUUAGGCUGGAGGCAGUCAACCUGCUAUGCCAGGCUGCCGAAGCAAAGGCUCAGAUGGAGAGGAAGGCUCGGGAGUUGGAACUGCAGAGAAGGAAAGAGGAAGCCCUGCUUACCCGAAAAGAUGGAAAGAAGCCAUCAAGCAUACUCUCCAUCAGUCAAAUCUCAAAGCAUACCCGACCAUUUCAGCCGCCCAACCCAGAGGACAUCUCUCCAGAUUCCGAAGAGUAUAUCGCAGCUCAUUUAUCUCUGAUCCGGAGCUUCGCCAACCACUUCGAAAAAUAUGUAAUCCCUUGCCUGAUAGCAUGUGGAGAUAUAGAUGAGAAGAAAGGAGCUGAAAACCUACGCUACAACCCUUAUUAUACCUUGUACCUAGAGCUGCAUUGUCCUGCCGUAGCACCUGCUGUCAUGGUGACUUCGAAUAAUGGGAGAACAGUCUUCAACUUUGGGGAUGUUGCCGUAGGUCACACAGUUAAGAAAGAAGUGAAGCUACGUAACAUCUCCCAAGAACACCUGGUUCUGGGAUAUUCCUUCUUGAAUCCCUUUGGGUCCUUCACUGUGCUAAAUCCUAUCUGGACACUGGAGGAAGGCGAAUCCCGCAAUCUUCUCAUCUCAUUCUGCCCAGAGGAGAACACACCAUACUUUGAGAUGCUGGAGAUCCGUAGUGGGAGAUUCACUCUAACCCUUACCCUGACAGGCCAGGGUGUCAUCCCUACAAUUUCUUGCUCAGUGGAAGGAGACGUAUUCAACAUGGGAUAUGUUCUUGCUAAGGAAACAGCCACUGCCACUUUCAAGAUAGAGAACACUUCGAAUCUGACCCUGAAAUACAAUAUUCUUCUUGACUCGCUCUCACCAAGCAGAGAGAGAGAACAGCCAAAGAUUCCCCCUUUCCUUGCAUCUCCAGGGCAAGCAGAUGUCGUUGGCACGCAAAAUUACAAUGGCUUGAGUGUGUUCAGCGUCUCUCCCGUGGAAGGCACCAUCACUUUCAAGAAGACUCAGGAGUUCACCAUCACCUUCAGCCCUGAUCAUGAGAGCCUGUAUUAUUCCGAUUGCAUCCACAUUUUAAUCUUUGGCAAGGAAACCAUCCGUGUGAUCCAGCUGAAAGGGGCAGCACGGAACCACAUAAUGUUUGUGGAAGGAGGUGACCCACUGGAUGUGCCCAUUGAGUCUCUGGCCGUAACUACGUCUAUGGCUGAAGAAGCAACCAAAGCAGAAAGCGGCAAGUCUACAAACUCAAUUCUUCUGAACCUGGAAUGUUUCCAAUCAGAGACUUUUGUUAUCCCAGCCACACGGGAGCUGAAAGUUGGCGCGAUACGAAGCACUCAGUUUGCAUCAAAGAAGAAUGUGGAAUUCAACUGGGAAAAUAUGCAACUUCUUCAGCUAAAAGGAUUCACUGUCGAUCCUGUGAAAGGCAGCGUUGAGCGUGGACAAACCAAACCCAUCAAUGUUUCUUGGGUGCCCCCUGCUGGAUCAAAUCCCAACCAGCCUGUGACUGGAUCAGCCAUAUUGAAUGUGAAGGGAGACAUCAAGGAGGUGUACAGUGUCUACUUCAUGGGCAGGAUCGUGACCAAAUGAACUGCCACUGAGCUGAGGCUCCAAACUGCCCUUUCUGAAGAAAGAUGGUGAAACAUCCCCCUCAUGAAUAUCCCAGAGCAUCCAGAACUGAGGCAAAAGAUAACAGAUUAAAAAAAAAAGAUGAGGAAAAGUCUGCGAUCUGAAAUGGCACAAUCCAGUUCCCUUAAAGUUGCUUAAAUUGGGGAUCCUUCGUAUCUUUUCAUAAACAGCUCUAACCAAACACCAGCAAGGCUAAUUGCAGUUUCAGAGCUAUAUAGAUCUGGAAAACAGGAUGGGGAAGGGGGUCAAACUCCUCCUUCCACAAAACCACUGCUCUGAUUUUUCUUUUAAGUGAUCCCUUAUGGUUUUCUAGGAAUGGUGAUCCCAACUUAUCUUCUGAAACAAGAGAGAGUGAUGUAGGUGGAGCGUUAAAUUUGGCAAAUAAGGUGGAGAAUGAGACUCCACAGAUGGAUGGUUAGCAACCAAACCUGCCAUAUUUCAAGGAACCCACUGAUGAUUUUAAUUUGAGUCAAGGCUGCACUGUUGUUUGGAAUAAAGUCCUCUGAAUACAAAUAUGUUUUUAAGUAGCUUUCAUUGUGUAUUCAGCUGAUUUAAACAUUAUUUUUUUAAAAAGAAAGGAGGUCUGGUAUACUUUCUUCCUUAUGCUUCAGCAGGGGCCAAAGCGGCAAAAACUUAUUAUUUCCCCUUGGUGCCAGGACUGUCUCAAUUUUGAACUCACACACCCUCCAGUUGUUCAGGAAGCAAUGUU